CGCUCCGUCUGCGCGUCGAGACGCUUCGUGUGACUAGUGCCUCCGUCGAACGGACAACCUCGUGCUUGCGGGUGUCUCGUUGUAUUCAAACCUAUAUACUAGGAUUGUAUAUUGUCGUGUGACUCGCGAGUGUUGUAGCUAUUUUUGGCGAGAGGAUUGUUGUGGUAGACUUGAAGGUUUGUUGGUGAGACAGGUGAAGAAGAAGAAGCUCGGCUUGUGGGGAGGAGAUACCGAGGAGUAAGGAGCAUCGGGGAAGGUGGGUUGUUUGGACUUUUGAUCCUACACGAAGUUAACCAUACGUUGAGAGACGAGGAGGACUGGAUGGAGUAGGAGACUGAAUUGUUGUCAGCUUUCGAGGUGAAGUGCGCCAGUUACACUAUCACCAAAUCGACCAAUAUGGAGUAAUCUGCGAUGAGCUGAAUUAAACAUCGCCACAAUGUAAAGCCAUCCUCGUCUGUCCUACGUCGAGGGAACUGACCGGAAGAUCCCGUACGCCCUCGAGCUGAUUAUACGCGAGGGGAGAGAACCUCCCGAAAAAAUAACGAAGUCGACGAUACACCAUGUAAGAAGUCGUCACAGACAGGUACCCGCUGGGCGCCAAAUAUUCCGGCCGGAAAUCAAAGGGUCGAUUUAUGCGCGCGAUUUAUCCCCGGCUUGAAGUGCUACCGCACAGGCACAGGAUUAACGAGCUGAGAGAGGAAGAAGAUUUUUCUCCGCGUCGAGAUAUGACGAGGGCCGACGCUCUGGUCAGGAUAGAGCACGUAUAGAUCCGAGAUACGCGGUUCCGACGCCUCUCCAGAGAUAGACAGAUAUGCGGAUACGCUGAUGGGAUGAGAAGGACUGGCCGCUUUCACUUGGAAACUCAUUCUCCCAGACGAGGAUCCUACGAACUCUGUGAUACGAGAGCGUCAUAGAUAGACAGAGAAGCGAAGAAGCGAAGCGUGCAAGCGGAAAAAUGGCGGAUUACGAGAGGAUCCGGCUGGUGGUGCUGGGCGGAGCUAGUGUUGGGAAGAGCGCGAUUAUCCGGCGGCUGCUUGGCCAGGGCUUCAGCGACAAGUACAGGCCGACCGUCGAGGAUCUCUACUCCAGGGAGUGCAUCCUCGGGACACUCACCCUCAAGGUCGAUCUGCUCGACACGGCUGGCGAUCAGCAGUUCCCGGCUAUGCGCCGACUGAGCAUAGCGACAGCCCAUGCCUUUCUCCUUGUCUACUCGACUUGCUCGCUGGCGAGCUUCGAGUGCGUCAAGCGCUGCUUUGAGGAAGUCCGAGAGCAAAGGGCCGACUUUCAGGAAGUGCCGAUAGUGAUAGCCGGCAACAAGCUCGACCUGUCGCUGGCGCAUCGGGAAGUACCGAUCGAGGACGUUAGCGAGUGGCUCUACUGCGAGUUGCCAAAGCUCAGAGCUAAGGUGAUCGAGUGCUCGGCGAAGGACGAUUACAAUAUUAAGGAGAUAUUUCGCUGCUUUGUCACGCUGUCCAGGAUCGUGCCCAAGAACCCGACCGGAGAGACCGACGAGUCGGGAUUGAGGAGACGAUGCUCGGCUUAUGGAUCGCGGAGCGCGAGGCCAGGGAGUCCUGGCAGGUCCGGGAACGGAAGCCCGAGUAGUCCGAAGCAGGUGCUGGCAGCCCAGGGUUCGAGCGUCGUCACCGUCGCCGAGGAAGUAAAGAGCAAACCUCGGAGCCGUAGCCUCAUCAGGCGCGCCUCUCGCAAAACCAAACAGCAGAUACGAGACGCUCAUGCCGAAGACUGCAACAUCUCCUAAGCUAACGAACUCGACGUGUGAUAUAAGUGAGCUUUCGACGAGAGCUUCAGCUUGAUUUUGAAUUUGUUUAGUAAGGACGUCCUGCAGUGAAGAGAGUCGAACUUUUGACGCGACGUGUAUGUGAUGGGACGAGGAAACGAGUUUCUCUGAUGUUGCGCUGGAUAUAACGAUGUGGAUGAGAUUGACUUCUAUAGGAUAUGAACAUCGAAUUCAAUAAUAUCAUGCAAUGUGUUCGUAUUUUUGUUAAUCGGGGAGGAUUGAAGGAGAUCGGUCUCGUUGAAUGAUUUUUCGAUCCGCGUCAGUAAGUGUAAGUCGAUUCUUAUGAUUAAUCAAUGAACAUACAGACGUUCUUCGUUGACACGAGAAAAAAUUAAAGCAAAAGAGUCAAAAAAAUAUCCUUUCAAAUCACACUCAGCAAACAGCAACGAGCAAACAAUCACAACCGCGUAAUAAUCAUCGUAAUCAUAAGGUUAAUUAAAAUUUCCGUUUCGCACGCACGAACCGCACCUGCUCACCCUAAUCGCGACGCAAUCAACUACACAAGGGACUCUAACUGCGUAAUUCGCAUAGCAUACUGUGCUCUCAACGAAAAUUCCUAUUGUACACGCGGGGAAAGAAGUGUAAGCGGGCGAAAAGCAACAAAGCUGAGAUCAAAGCGGGAAAUUCCGGGGUCUAGCCUCUUCCAAUGCUGUAUUAUGCACUACGCGAGGGUCGAAAAUAGCCGAGCUUACACACAAGCGAGUCGCGGAAAUGCAGAGUAGAGAGAAUCGCGCGCGUACGUGGACAAAGGACGUGACACGAGCUUCGCGAGUCGUGACAAAGUAGCUAAAAAGAAAUAAGCGAGCGAGAGAGAGAGAGAGAGAGAGAGAGAGAGAGAGAGAGAGAGUUUAUUAUUCUUUAUUUUUUAUUCUUCUGUACGUGCGUUCCGAGAGAGGAUUUCCAUUUGUAUUUUGUGUUUUUGAAAACGGGAUUUUUCGACGUUACUUUUUGUUAUGGUAUAACUCUUGGAGCUAACGAUGGGCUUAUGUUUUCUAUAACGAAUCAAUUAUCUUUAUCAAACCCGAUACUUUUUGUAACACAAACGAAGCUUUCAAGCUUCCAAAGCGAAAAGACGUAUAAAAAAAGCGCAAUCUCAGAUUUCCCGAAUUUUGACGAACGAAAUAAUGCUCUCUCUCUCUCUCUCUCUCUCUCUCUCUCUCUCUCUCUCUCUCUCUCUCUUCAUUCAGGACUAAAAAAGUCCGAUCGGCUUGACUCUUAUAAUUGGUCCGCAUCUCGCGCAUUUGCUGCAACAAAGAAACUCCACGGUCGCGCGCGUGUCCAAUUAAAAAGAAAUGAUGGUGCACGCAAGGACGCCUCCGAAAAAAGUCCGACGAGCUGAGAGAAAGAGAGAAAAAAAAUCCUUAAUAAAGCAUAAAAAAAAGAGGCUCGUGAAAUUACACCGGCUCCGAUCUUCGUACAAAGGGAGAAAAUCGCGUUGCAGGCGGCUCUUUUUCGGCUGUAGACGGGAUAAAAAGGAUUAUGCCUCGGGUGUGCGGGUGAGAAAUUAACGUUCAUAGUAGUUUAGGCUUCGGUUGAAUUAUAGAACUUUGUAAUAUUUACGCGAUUUUUAAGGGACGAAAGCGUUUCUUUUGUUAAAGCUCGUCCUUUUUCGAGGCCACUUGGUAUGCGUGAGAGUCGGGGGCACAGGCUUGGAAAAAACUUUCUUUACGGUGUCGCACCGCGCUAACUCAAUAUAAAAAAGGAGAGAAAGGGAGGACUAAACAAUGCAGUGCGCGUAAAAUUUCAAGACACUAUCAGCCACUCCACUCGAGACAUCCCCUCUUCCCGAGAGCUCAAACAUAUUCGCUUUGACCCGCGACUUGUCCCACAUAUUCCGCCACUACGGUUAACUCCAUUAUCGCGUAAUACAACGCGGUACUUGCCUACACGGCGGUAGAGAGUCAGUGAAGAAAGCCGCCUCUUUGAUAACGCAUAUACAGGUCGAGAGCGCAGGAAUGAACGAGUGAUAUCGCGAAAAUUGAGGGUAGAGGGAGGCGUUGGACUGUGACUAAUUAUUAUUCGCGGCUGCCGGCUUCUCGAACGCGCUGAACUUAAUCUUUUGGAGUGAGAUUAUGAGGUAUAUAGUGUGAAGAUGCUGCUUUGGAAAGUUCCUUUCGAUAUUGUUAUCGGGAUAUUAUAUUAUGCGUUUGAUUUUUUAUACGUGAGUUUUGACGUCAAUCUUGAACGAACUUAUUUUGCGUCGUUUUAUUAAUUAUUUUUAAUGGCAAUUAAAAUGUAAUGUGUAUAAUUUUAUUCAUUGACUGAUGUUCUACAGUAAAACGCAAUUAUCAACGGUAACUCGAUCGAAGCGAAGAAUCAAUUUGUGCAAAUUUUGCGCAUCGUUACAUGCAAAUUUGUUUUCCAAUAAUUAGUGCAUCGCGUUCAGGCCUUGUAAAUUAUUGAUAAAUUUUCGAAUACAACAUUAUUAUACAAGCGGUUACCGAAAUUCGGAUCAUGUUGGUUUUAAAAUUUUGAAAGGGAUAUGAUUAAAAAUUCUUAUUCGGAGUAUAAUAGCAAGCUUUCGAAAAUAAUAAUAACAUGUAACGUAUAUAUUGCUUAUCGACAAAAGUUUCAUCCGGGCUGUAUUCUUAGAGCUAAAAUUAUCAAAACUAUGCGGGCGGGGUUUCGUAAAUAGAGCAAACAAAUUGAAAAAUGAUGCUCCUGAAAAUUUAAUUUAAUUAAAUAUCAAAUUCAGCGUGGGAUAUAAUGAAUUAUAUUAUUAUUAUUAAUUAAUUACAAAUGUAUUUUACUUUCUCUUUUCAUUUUUCAUUUUUGAUAAGAAAUAUUUAAUUAGUUAAAUAUUAAACAUACUUCGAAUUCAGUAUUAUAAUAUCGAAGCUGUCAUCUCCUUAAUUAAGAGCAGCAAUUUUAUUAUAUUUGUUGAAGUGUAAUAUACUGCCAUUUCAAUAAUCAAAUUAAAAAUUCGUAUCAAAAAAUACAGGAAAAAUUAAAUAACUAAAAAGAAAUUUCUCAUAAAAAGAAUAUCUUAUUCUCACACGAAACCCUUUUCCGGGACGCGGAAAGCCCAUCGAACCUCAUCAACAAUAAAAAGAAAGUAUACACGCGGUAUAUUUGCCCCCCAAAAAAUGUUCUCGAGAUAAAAAUCUGCGCUCCUCUCGUUCGGCAAACUUCAAAGAGCAAGUGAUAAACUCGCGCCAAAGAAAAAACAACAUCGAGAUUUUCCUCCCGUAUGUUAUAAACGCACCCCUCGAAUGUCCUGGAGGACUCGCGAAUAUGGGCUUAUUGCGCAUUUCUUAGCCCGAGAGGGGGAUGUAUCUAGAAGCGACUGACGAACGAUCUUUGGAUUUAGCAUAAGGAAAAAAGGACCCUUCGCUCUUGCGAGAUAUCGUUUUAUCGAUUGACUCCCUUCGAGGUCGUCAUGGGGCGCGAGAUACGCGGCGUCUCGAUUUAUUAUGUACAUCUUUUUUGAACUGGUGCGUAAAAAUUAAGGCCAAUAGUCAAGAUUAAAAUCAGGGGGUGGUUUCAUGGUUUGGCGGGAGUAGCGUAGUUGCUUGGAAUUUUCGUUGAGAGCGCGUGAGAGAGGUUUGAGCUGGUUUUAGAAAUUGUGUUAGUAAAAAUGAAAAUCAUGCACCAUUUACAGUUUACCAGAUUUAUAUGACAGUAGUUAUUGUUUGUGACUAUAGGUGCAUCAUGUAAGUAUAAGAUAACGUGUAAUCGAAGUCUUAUCACAAAAGCAAGAAAAUAAAAAAAACGAUGAACUUAUAUAGAACUUCAAUUUGAACAAUAUGUCGGUAUGCUUUAUUUUGUGAAACGAUUAUACUAAACGAAGAAAGGUAUUGUGCUUGUUUCAAAAGCACUUCUAUUUUGAAAGAAGAAGAAAAAUAUGAAAAUUGCAAUAAAAAAAACAACCGAUAUACUUGUAUAGACGAUGUUGCCAUUCAUGAAAAGACCCAAAAUCUCACAUUCCUAUAUAAUACCGACAGAAAUAAAAAAGGAAUACCUGUUAUAUGCUAUAUAAAAGAAUAUUGUUAAUGUUGAAGAUGUAUGAUUAAUACUUACGAAUCAACCAAAAAAUUAUUAUUAUGCAAACAAAAUUAUCUGCAUAUGCUAGCUUGUCGAUAGUGUACUUUUGAGUUUCUAUAAUUUAUUCUUAAACUGCAUAAAUUUAAGAUUUAUCAAAUUUACACAUACAUAUAUAGUAACAAUAAUGAUAACAACCGUCCCAUAUGAUCAACCAUCAGAUAAGUAGAGAAUAAUCACGUUUCUUAAAAUAUGUAAACGUAAAUAAAAUUGAAGAAAUGCAGACUAACGAAGAACGCUAGAAAAGGAAUUUCUCAUAUCACAUACGAUUGCAAGAUAUACUGUACAAGUAUAUUACGUAUACACGAGUUAAACAAAAAAACGAAGUGUAUUAUAAAAGUCAACAGGAGAAUACACUUUAUAUUUAAGCGGAAUACCUCGUCGUUAAACUUUACAGAUUAUGCAUAUAACACACGAGUUUGUGUGUUUCACUCAUUUUAUAGAACUGUAAAUGCAAGUUUGUCAUUCGAAGGCAGAUCAUAAAGACCUGCGGCUGUAAGAUUUAUAGGGUCAUAUAGAGAGAUGUUAUAAAUAUAGACAUAUACUCAUACCAGUUUUUAAAGUUAAGAGAAAAAACUGUCAUUUAUUUAAUUUCUUUCAUUAUUUCUGUUUUUUACUUAUUAAUAUCUUCAGUAUUAUAUGCAGAAUUUUUUCUCAUCAAAUGUAACUAACGUUUUUUUUUAAUCGAAUGAGUUAUAAAUAGUUAUGAAACGUUAAUAUUAUCUAACCAACUAUAACAUAAAAAAGAAAUAGAUUCAUCAUAAAAAUAUAUGGAAAAAUACGUACAAAUUAGUACAAGGAAUUUCUAUAUAUUUUUAUACACUUCUUGGUAGAAAAGUAGCCGAAAUAAGCAAAUUCUUGAGUAGAAACUAAAAAAAUUUAGCUUCACAAUUAGCUAAUUUUCUACCGAGAUAAAGUACAGUGUGCAUAAAUGCAAAGCAUAUAUCGUCGAAGGACUUUGAAAAGUGUAAGUUUUUAUAAUUGAAAGCCAGUGCGUAAGCUUAGUUUAACUUUCCGGCGAAUCUCUACUGUAUUCGCCUGAAAUAUUAACUAUAUCCAUCUAAAUUCAGUAAAAAUUUAAUUUACUUCAAGUUUGAAAUUCGUUAUUCAAUUACAUUAUUUAUAGUCUAUAAUAUAACGUAAAAAAUAUCAUAAUUUCCUGUUGAAAUGAUCCGAUAUAGAUUAAAGUUGUAUCUUAUGAUUAGGACUUUCUCAUAACUAUAAUAACGAGAAUUCCAUUUAUUAACAUACUUAUAUAAUAAUAAAUUAUUAUAAAUAGGAUUUUGUAUGCUAAAUAAAUAUUAAGUUUCAUACAAAUUAUAAAUUCAAAAAUAAUUAUAGCGCAACACAUAUAUAUAUAUAUAUAUAUAUAUAUAACUGAAUAAUUUAAAGAAACUUAUUAUAUUUUUGGAAAAUUAAUAAAUGGCACAUUUCGUUUUUUUCAGUUUUUGAAAAUUGAAAUAUUUUAUAUUUCAUGCUUUGAGAACCAAAUUUUAUAGAGUAUAUGAUAUACUGAAGUAUAUAUAGUUCAUAAAUAAGUUAUUGAAUUAAAAGGGUUAAUAUUAUCACGAUAUUCCUAAUGAGCAUAAAUAAAACAGUAUAAAGACAAUGCAUUUAUCGCGAUAAACUUAUUUAGGUGCUUUCUUAUACUUGCCAUAAUACAAAUGAAUUUUAUAUUCGCUGAGCGAAACGAGAAUGAUAAAUAUUAAAGUACAUAAAAAGAGUAAAACUGUACUGAUAAAAGACUGCAGUGCAAAAAAAUUAAAGUAAUUUUAUUUAGUUGAUCACAUUAUGUGCGAUUAAUCAAAUCUUAAAAUAUUUAAAGAUAGUGUAAGUAUAUAAGUUAUCCGAUUUCAUUGAGAACACGUGAAAAAUUACGAAAGAAAAAAUAAAUAUAAUCGUAGGAUGUGCAAAAUAUAAAAUAAUCAAAAAUUAAAUCCAUACAAUACACAUCAAUGAUAUAUAUGAUGAACCAAAUCCUAUUAUUUUAUAAGGUAUAUAUUUAUGUUAGCACAAAAAUAAUCUACUCCAAAAUCUAUUUUAAAAAAUCUGUAUAUAUAAAAAACUAAUUUAUAUAUAUAAUAAAGCUAACGGAAAACAUAUAUACAAUUAUGUGUAAACGGUAUUCGUAUAAAAUCUUGGAAUGUGAUUCCACUUUAUCAUUGUGUUUUAUCUAUAGAAGUCAUUAAAAAAAAUCAAUUCAAGCAAACAAUCAAAUAUUAUCUAUAGCGAAUCAUUAAUUAUUAUUUCGUUUUAAUUGCUACAUUGAUUAACUGAUUUUCGUUAUUGAAGUAUAAAUAACGAUUUAAUACUUACACAUUAAAUCAUACUUUAUUAUUGCACUAUUUUUAACAUCAAAAUAAAUAUGAUUUGAGUAAUUUCAGAAAGUCGCUUAUAAAUAACUAUACGUACACAUAAUACAAGUUACAAAGUAACUGUGAAUUCGCAUGUAUAUGUGGAGUUUUUAUUGUGAAAAUAUUAUGAAUAAAACGUUGAACCAAGAGGACCAUUGUAUACCUAUCCUAUACAUAUAUACUUCAAGGAAAUAUUUAAAUUAUAUAGAUUGCAUAUAUGAAAGUUUUUUUCAAACACCUGAUGAAUUUCACUGCGUUGUCUGAAAUCGUAAUAAAAAUGCGAUGCUAUAGAUAUAGUUAAUAGAUUCAUCAUAGAAAUAUAGAUUUUUUGUUUAUCGCGUGGAGCACGAAUUUGUCUCAAAAGUACUUUAUGGAUAGCCAUGUAUAUCUGUAACUGUCUAUAGCUGUGUAGCCAACAAAAAUUGUACUUUAUCGCACAGAUCGCAAAGGUAAUAAAUUAUAUAGAAAAAAAAAUGAGACGAGAAAGAGAUAUAUGUAAAAUUGAACUAUAUAUCAACAAUCAUAAAAAUAAGCAAUGGUUGCAUUAAAAGAAAUAGUUCAAAGUAAGAAGCUGUUCAUAAAAGUUGAUAGCCAAUAUAAGAAUUGAAAAAUGUCUUUGACCCAUUCAAACUGAGUGUCUCUCCGUCUCUCUCUUAAAGUAACUAACCAAACGAGCACUAGAACUUUCCAAAUUUUUUGCACCACUCGAAAUGCCCCGAAUUUCAUCGAUCUAGCUAUCGAAAAUAGAAGUUUAAAAAAUUGCUUAGUUUUAGAAUAUGCAAAAUAUAAGUAUAUAAUUUAAUGAAAUUAAAAAAAUCUUAUGCAAAAUGUCUCAUGGUACUUAUAUUAUAUCGACUGAAUUUUGAUUGUGUAUUAUAAGUAGGUAAUAUCUUAUGAAAAUUAUGCCUCAAUAUACUUAUUGGUUGAAAUAUUUAAACAUUUUUCAACAACUACUGACGAACUUCGUCUGCUCCACAGUAGUCUUCUUGAAUUAAAAAAAUUUAUGUGAAUAUUUUAUAAACUUCAACUACGAAUUUUAUAACAAUUAUUGCUUAAAAAAGAUUAUCCUAAUUACAUAUUACAAAUAGAAUUUAUUUCUCAAAUAAAAAUUAUUAAUGGCUACGAGAAACGAACAAAUCUUUUGUUAUCCACUCAGAACAGUGAAAACGCUACAGCUAUAUAGUAUAUUUAAAUUUGCAACUCUGAAUUUUGCGUACCGCGGUAAAAUAAUAAUUUUGUACAAUAAAAGCUAUAUCAUAUUAUGCAAUAGUAAAAAGGCCGGGCAAAUAUCAAAAAGUUUGCCUCGAGUGCGCAUCUCGGGGCUCUUGUUAAUUUCCUAUCUAUUGUAAUAGCGGCAAACUUGCCCUUCUAUAGUCAAAACCGUCGUGUCAUCCCCGAAAGAGUCGACUAUCGGGUGUGUAUACACGCUGUACAAUAUUGUUUGUCAAAACAAUAAGAAGAAAGACGAAAAGUGAUCUAAAAGUACGUCAAUAAAGACAUUUUAAAUAAGCUU